AUGUGUGGUGAUACAAUUUGUUAUUUUUCAAAUAAUGCAAUAUUAGCUGGAUAUGAUUGGAUAGUGAAUACUGGAUUACCAAUUAUGGCUAUUAUUCUAGGCAAUAUAAUACUUGUCAUAAGAGUUAUUAAGCAGAAAAAUCGCCGACAACGAACUGUUUCAUGGUCAAAGCAAAGACAUAUGACAUUACAAUUGAUCAGUAUUUCAAGUCUUUAUCUGGUAACAUGGCUACCGAGUAUUAUUAUUGGUCUUUCACAACAGAUAAAUCCAUCAGAUUAUUUAUAUGGAAUUGGAGAAUACAUUGUAUCAGAUCUCACAUAUUUAGUCUGUCUUUUACUUCCAUGGAUGUCUCUUGGAUUACUUCCUGAUUUUAAAAAGUGGUUGUUAAAAUUAUUACGUCGUGUAAAAAAACCAUCGAACAUAGUUGGAACAACGACACUAAAAACUCGACAUAACUAA